GACGAGCAGCCUCCUCACAACGUACGUAGCCUCCGCGCCGCACGGUACCGCAAUACGUUAUACGCGCGCCUCCGCGAGUCCAUGUGAACGACCGACGGUUCUCUCGCUGUGUACGGUGAACGAAGGAUCGGCAAGCUGUACGCUCCUCAGGAAGACGAUAUGUUGACGAUGGAGACGGAUCUCAAGGGCGGCAGCCUACAUGCCACGGUGCCGCCGCAUCACGCGCUCCAGCACGGCUACGGCUCGCUGGGCGCGCUCGGCGGCAUGAUGGCUCUGCCACAGCAGCAGCCGCUGGCCCAGCACCAGCCGCUGCAGCACCAGCACCACCAGGCGCUCCCGCAGCAUCACCAGCCGCAGCCACAACACCACCAACCACCUAAUAACAACAACAACAACACAAGUAAAAACUCCAACGCAGAGCGCGUCAAGCGCCCAAUGAAUGCGUUCAUGGUGUGGUCACGCGGCCAACGCAGGAAGAUGGCAUCGGAUAAUCCUAAAAUGCACAACUCAGAAAUAUCAAAACGUCUUGGUGCACAGUGGAAAGACCUCUCUGAAUCAGAGAAGCGACCGUUCAUUGACGAAGCGAAGAGACUUCGUGCUGUUCACAUGAAAGAACACCCGGAUUACAAAUACAGGCCGAGGAGGAAGACGAAGACCCUCGCCAAGAAACAAGAGAAGUACCCGUUAGGAGGUGGUGCACUGCUAGGCGGUGGUGAAGCACAGAGGAGCGCAGCUCCACCUUCACAACAACCCCGUGAUGUGUACCAAAUGACACCGAACGGAUACAUGCCUAACGGAUACAUGAUGCACGAUCCCAGUGCUUACCAGCAGCAAGCCUAUGGCUACCCUCGCUACGACGUAUCCCAGAUGCAACAGAGUGGUUACGGACAAUACUACGGCGGCGGCCAAGGCUCCCCGUACCUGCCACAGCCGCCCUCGCCGUCGGCGUACGGCCUGGGCCCAGGCUCACCAGGCGGCUACGCGCUGCCACCUUCGUGCGCAUCGCAUUCUCCCAGCGGUUCAUCAGCCAAGUCAGAGCCCGUGUCGCCUGGCCCGCCAGGCAUGAAACGCGAAUUUGCACAUGAACCGCCAGCGCAGCUUAAGCGCGAAUUCGCAGCGCACGCGCACCCACACGACCAGAUGGGCAUGAAGCGCGAGUACGGGCAGCAGGACCUGAGCCAGAUCAUCAACAUGUACCACGUCCCGGACGAGCAGCGAUACGCCGCCGCCAACGAGCGGGCCAUGCCGCUCAUCUGAGAGUCGCCGUUCGCGUGCGACAUCGACAUCCCGCCGCUAUGAGGUGGUCGGGUCGCCGCGCCGCUCCGAACCUCCAGUGACUUUGUUGCGAAUCGGUUUUCGCAUUAGGACAGUGAUCGUUAUCUCCCGGCUGUACAUACUUCUAGGUAUGUCCAUUUAUUUGUUUUGUAUGUACCGACGCUGUUAGUGUUGCGGACCUGUUAACUAGCGGGCCGUCGGCCGAAAGCCGUCGGCUGGACGUUCAAUUAAAUGUUGUUGAUGAAUUAUCUUGUAUUAUAUUAUGAUUAUUGUAUUUUUUCAUGGUUUAAUUUAAAAUAUGUUAAGUUGUGUCGUGCGGAUGGACGAGAGAGUUCCGAUUGUGAUUCGCGUGAGAGACGAUAUAGUGAACGAGGUAAUUUGAAUACCAAAAAAAUUUGAACAAUUUGUAAAUAUAGUGUUAAAGGUUAGAGAUAAAGUUGGAGUUAGUCGGUAAAGCGUAGAUAGAUAGUUAUAAGUCGUGCCACGACGCCACACUCGUACGCCCGACGUGCGUUGUACAAAAUAUUUGUUAUAUUGAAUCGAAAGUUAUUAAAGCCUCGAAAGACUAAAAUAUUGUAAUACGAAAUUGUACAGUGAGUGUUAUAUAGUCAGUGGACACAAAAGUAUAUUGAAAAGAAGAUGAAGUUAUCAAUAAACGACGCGUUAAAAUUGUA